ACGAUAUAAUUUGCCCUUUUCAGAUAAUAUAUAGCUCAGUAAGUGACUUCUGAUCUAUCUAAUUGAAGAAGAAGCUGAUAUUCUAUAUUUAGUGGGAUUAUCCGAUGCACCGCACCCGCGUCAAUCUCAAACAUCGUUACUUACUCGCUUCUUAUUCUUCACCUUCACUUUUGACUUCACUUUUCAGUUCUCAUGAUUUUAGCAGAGGUCACGAAUGAGCAGUUCGCGCAGAUACAAUAAAGAAGAAAAUUUACAGACUGAGUUACUGAUUUGCUGUGCGGUGAAGUAACUUAAUUUAAUAACAGCAAGUGCCGCACGAAGCAGUGUGUUUUGUUUAGUGGUCCUCCAACACAUCAAUUUCAAUAACAAACAGAAUCAAGAACCUGUGACUGAUUAUGUCUUUGUCGUACCACCUGAAGAAAGAGCGUAUCUGAAGGGGAUUGGUUAAAACAAGCAACUGAUCGGGACUAUCUCUGACGGUAGUCUUGUCUUGAGCUCGUGACGAGAUACCAGCAGAUUGAUAAUACGACCACUUUUAUCGGAGUACUUUAUAUCUGAUUCUGCUGAAAACCAACGCACACACACACGCGUGUGCUCAGUCAACAUAAGCUCGAGUGUUCUAUAGGUCACUACAAAUUCUACCAACUGUACGAUACUGAGAGUCUAUUCAAAAUACCAUUUGAAUCCCAGCAAAUAGAAUCUAGAAGCGCACAAGUGUUCUGACUUGUCUGUUCGCGGAAAUCCAACUGUGAAAGUGUCGUGUUCUCGUCUGCGUGCACGCCUUGUGAAAUUUUCUGUGCUGUUUUGUUAUUCUUCUUUGAACAAUUAACACUGUUAUUUGUGGACCAGACUUAUAGUGUGUUGUAUUGAAUAUGAACGUAUUCAAAGCUGUCCGCAAACGUCUCUCCCUUUCCAUGUCAGGCGGCGCCGGUGCAACGUCUGGCAAUGCCCAAGAGGCCCAUUUGGUGUCUAAGUCAAUGGAGGACUUGCGUCUGGCGCCAUACGAGGAAAACGACGGUAACGACAUGGUGUUCUACUGCAAACUCCUCGGAUCCGAGUAUGUCCAGGACAAAAACGGAAGUGAGUUGGCCCGGUUUGCAGAGCGUGUGAUCCAGAGUUACACUGGCAAGGAGGGUGCGGGGUUGGGCACUGGGUCGGCGAUAAAUGACGAGUCUGGCGGAGCUGCGGCAUCUGCGGCAAACUCGAAGAGGGUUCUUGGCAAGAACAAAACGAUGAUCAGAGUCAAUUCAGAUGGCCUGGAGUUGUCUACUGACGGAUCAACAGAAAAGAAUAGGUUUAAACUGUGCCACGUGAGUUUUGUGAGUGCAGCCUUCACCUACUCUCACUGUGCUGCCAUCAUCUGCCAAAGUGUCUCCUCCCCCACCAAGUGGAGAGCCUAUCUGUUGCUCUUCUCCAAGCCCAAAUACGCCAAACGAUUCGCAGUCUUUAUGGCCAGACAAUUCGACGUCGGCUACGAGAAGUGGCAGAGCGAACAAGCAGUGGGAACCCUGGAUUUGGCAGUGGAACAGGAAGCACUCAAGCUCAAAUCACGUCUGAAGCAAGGGUUGACAAACAAGACGUUUGUUCUGGAUGACGAGGACGAUCUUGUCAUUACGCCCAAGACCUCGACAACUACACCGGGUGUCCAACAUGCAAAAACAUCCUCGGAUACAGGAAACGAGGCGGGAGACAAAACCGAACAUUCAUCGGAACACAACUGUCCCACGACGAACAACUCAGGUCAGAUUUCGCACGUGACAUCAUCUUCAUCCUCGGUCAACGAGGUUUUCGCUGAAGCUCAUAAUGAAGACCAAGCAAUUGCAGAUCAGCCUCGUGAUCCUCGUGAUCAGUCCCAAAUGUCGCGGAGAAUAGUAGGAACCCGUCCGCAAUCUGUAACAACCCCGACUGGAUUCCCAUCUCAAAGCGUCCCUCAACAUCUUCUAGAUUCGCGAGAAGGUUACAAUGAGUUUGCCAAUGCCGAGCGAGAACUAUGUUCCCUGAUGAAGGGAAGUCACGUGCAGAAAGACCACUCCUCGUCUCCCAUUUUGGACGACCCUUUUGCCUCGAGAACUGCAGCGUCAUGGGCUCCUCAUCAAGACCCGUUCAUGUCCUUUUUCGAAAUGCGUAAUUCAAACAUGGACCCAUCCGAUACCUCUUUCUCUUCGACUUCUUUGUUCUCAACUCAGAUGUCAAAUGGAGGCGUGUCAGGAUUCACCCCUUUUGAAAACAUUGAAGAACACAAAGUUGGCGAGCAAGAAGAAAAUCAAAACCAAAACUUCUUACUCGAAUUGUGAUUUCAAGUCGAGUAAUUCUUUUCGAAUUGCAAACGAGCGAGUCGUAAAAUGUCCUCGUCAUCUAGUUGCUGACAAACCCGUCCACCUCUUAUUUAUUCCUCUGACUUAGGUGACAUUAUAACCAAUUUGGCUUUCAUUUUCCGUUUAAUUUUCAAAUGCCUAUUUUUCUGAUUCCUCAUUGAUGCAAUUCUGAAUAAUUAAUUCAAAUUCGUUUUCGUA